AUGUCGGGAAACACUUAUAGAGGAACGCCCACUCGCAACCAGGGCCGUGGUGCGGUGCCUUUCACCAACAGUCCCAGCGGUGGUUCAAGCAUUCCUCGUCCUGUCCUCGAACCCUCACCGCCUACUGAGACUGGAUCUGCGGUCAGCGCGAGUCGUCAGAAGCAGAGCAAGCGUGAUGAGGCCAUCCGAAAGAAGCUCGAAAAUGACCUCUCCAAGAAGAAGCACCUUACCAGCCGGGCUCGCCAUUCACGAAAGGCUCCUCCUGGAACUGUCCUCGCAUUGAAGCCCAGUCAGGCUCUACAGAUCAAGCCUGGCACCACCGUCUCCGAGGCUGCCCAACUGAUGGCCGCAAAACGUGAGGAUUGUGUUCUGGUUACUGACGAUGACGAUCGAAUUGCUGGUAUUUUCACCGCUAAGGAUCUUGCGUUCCGGGUUGUGGGAGCUGGAGCAAAAGCUUCUGCUAUUACUAUUGCUGAGAUUAUGACCAAAAACCCUCUUUGCGCUCGAACCGAUACCAGCGCUACCGAUGCCCUGGAUCUCAUGGUCCGAAAGGGUUUCCGACAUUUGCCAGUUAUGGACGAGAACCAGGAUAUUUCGGGUGUGUUGGAUAUUACCAAGUGCUUCUACGAUGCUAUGGAGAAGCUAGAGCGUGCCUACUCGUCCUCCAGAAAGCUGUACGAUGCGCUUGAAGGUGUCCAGUCUGAACUGGGCUCGACGCAACCCCAGCAGAUCAUCCAAUAUGUCGAAGCUCUGCGCAGCAAGAUGUCUGGGCCUACUUUGGAGACCGUGCUCAACGGUGUGCCCCCCACCACCGUGAGCGUGCGAACUUCGGUCAAGGAGGCUGCUCAGCUUAUGAAGGAGAACCGUACAACCGCUGUCCUUGUUCAGGAUCAAGGAGCUAUUACGGGUAUUUUCACCAGCAAGGAUGUCGUUCUUCGAGUUAUUGCACCUGGUCUUGACCCCGCCAACUGCAGUGUUGUGCGUGUCAUGACCCCUCACCCCGACUUUGCACCCAUGGACAUGACCCUCCAGGCCGCUCUCCGCAAGAUGCACGAUGGUCACUACCUGAACCUCCCUGUCAUGAACGAUGGCGGUGAGAUCGUCGGCAUGGUCGAUGUUCUCAAGCUAACAUAUGCUACACUCGACCAAAUCAACGCCAUGUCAAACACCAAUGAUGAGGGUCCUGCGUGGAACAAGUUCUGGCUGUCGCUCGAUGCUGAGACAGAAUCCAUGAUGUCUGGAGAGGGCAGUGCCGCACAGCACACCAAUCUGGGUUCUCGCCUUACCUCGCCUGAUAUGCACCGAGGUAUCAACGAUAGUCUCGCUCCUGGCGACUCAGCGUCUCAUGUUGGCAUGGAGUCACCUCCACGCUCUGUUCUUCCUGAUGUUCUUGAACAUCAACUACCCGAAGAGCUUCCUUUCCCUUUCAAAUUCAAGGCUCCAUCUGGCCGAGUGCACCGUCUCAAGGCCACUGCUACAGAAGGCAUUGAAGUCUUCGUCAACGCUGUUGCCUCCAAGCUUGGUGCUGAGGCAGACAGCAUUGGUGGAGUGCCUCCUGUGUCUGACGGCAAGAUUGUCGGCCCAGGUUUUGCAAUGAGCUUUUUGGAUGAUGAAGGAGACUCUAUUUCUAUCACAGCCGACCAUGACCUUCUCGAGGCUGUUAUUCUUGCUCGUCAAGCUCAUCAUGACAAGGUCGAUCUAUUUGUCCAUGAUCCUGAGAAGCCACCUGUAUCUGGGGCCCCUGCUACACCAUCAGUCUCAACCGGGGCUGGUCUACGAGAGCGCCGUAAGUGGUGGCCUGAAGAGGAAGAUGAUGAUGAUUCAGAAGAUGAGGACGACGAGGAUGAACCAGUGCGGAGACGAAAGGGCCGUGCGGCACAUACACACGCACAAGGCCCCGAGCAGCUUAUUGCUGGCGUACCAAACGAGCUCUUACUCCCGGGCGCAAUUGUCACAUUGGCCGUCACUAUCAUUGGUGUCUUUACCAUUGCCAGACUCACCAGUCGGUAA